AUGGCGUCCGAGCCUUUCAUUGACUAUAAACCCACAUGGGAGGUGGUUGGCAGUGACGAGCUGUGCAGUGAGUCUCCCUCGGACUCUGCUCCUGAGGGGGGGUCUAUAAAGCAGAGGGGAGAGAGAGGGCGUGACGAGAAGGCGAGCAAGCGCAGCGAGUUGCAGAAACAGAGACAGCAGAGUGGCAGUUCGUUACAAGUACGCUCAGUUGUGGUGGUGAAUAUAUCAUCUGCUUUGGACGGCUGUGAUGACCAGCUGCUGCCUGCCACGUUCAGAGCCUUAGAGAGUGAUUUAGGCUUCCACCCCUCCUUGCUGGGCUAUAUUACGCUCUCCCAAACUUUAUGCCUCUCUCUCUUUUGCCCACUUUGGGGCUACUUGGCGGACAGACACUCCAGGAAGUGGCUGCUUGUCUUUGGGACAACAGCCUGGGGCCUCAUCACCACCGCCCUCGGAUUGGUUUCGGAAUUCUGGCAGGUCGCCUUGCUACGCGCGUUGAACGGGGUCUUCUUAGGGAGUGUCGGUCCUGUUUCCCAGAGUAUCUUGGCAGACACCUCUCGGCGUCGUAGCCUCGGAUUCUCCUUUGGAUUGGUGCAACUCUGCACCAGCAUGGGCCGACUUGUGGGUGGGGUUGUUACCACUACCGUCGCCCAGAUUCAAAUUGGAGCGCUCAAGGGCUGGCGAGCCUGCUUCAUUUGCGUGGGAGCUCUGAGCGCAUUUUUGGGUGUCGUCAUCGCCUUUGUCUUGGAGGAGAUUCCCCGGAGGCGGCUGCUGCGGCCCAAAGGAGACGAAUCUGGUGGCACCGGCUCUGAUUCCCACAUCUCAGACAACUGGUCAACAUUCCUCAAGGACGUUCUCACUAAGUCGCUCGCCACGCCCAGUGUUCUUAUCGUUCUUGUAGAGGGUCUUGUGGGUACGAUUCCCUGGUCAGCGUUUAGCUUUAACACUAUGUUUUUCCAAUACUGCAACAUGUCUGACCUCAAGGCAGCGUACAUUAUGGGGGCGCUUCUCAUCGGCUCCGCUGUCGGGGGGGUACUCGGAGGCCUUCUUGGCGAUCGGCUCUUCCAUUGGUCCCCUGGACACGGACGGCCUCUUGUUGGUCAGUUCGCGAUGGCGGUUCGGGUUCCCGUGUUGGUGGUUGCGUACUUGGUGGUUCCCAAGGAGGAAACCGCCUUUGCGGUUUUCAUGAUCUUGGCGCUCAUUAUUGGCCUAUCCUCGAUGGCGGGCGUUGCCGUUAACCGACCGAUUCUUGCAGAUGUUGUCAGGCCCAACCACAAGGCAACCGUCUUCGCACUGACCGUCGCAGUUGAGGGCAGUGGGGCAGCGAUCUUGGGUGCGCCUCUCGUGGGCUAUUUGGCAGAGCAUUCGUUCGGGUAUGUGCGGACGACCCUAUUAGUUGCGGAAAUGCCAGAGCAGCUUCGCAUGGGAAAUGCCAACGCCCUUGCCAACGCCCUCGUCUUCCUCACCGUUAUCCCCUGGAGUAUCUCCUUCCUGCUUUACGGCUUGUUGCACCUCACUUACGGCCGCGAUCAAGUGGCAAUGAAUGCCAUAGUAGCCAAAGAGUACCACACCGAGGACCAGGACGAUGACCGCGAGAGUGAAGACACAGAGAGAGAGCAGUGGUUGCUUGACGAGGAGAGAACAGAUGUACCUUCUGCAGAAGCUGUUUUCUCCGGUUUCACGAAUAUAACGCCACACGAUAGUGGUGAAGAGUCCCCUCUCGGAUCCGGCUUUGUCAGUGCGAACAACGCCUACUGUGCAGAGUGUUCAGCAGUAGACCCGACCGCCGAGCCAGGUGCCUUUGCAAGGCAAGGUCGCUCGAUAAAACUGCGCGUUACCUAA